GACACUUUUCGGAAUGCUUUCUUGCACAAUCACUUCUUCAUUUUUUGAGCUUACAUCGGAUUUUGUGUCUGGAAUCAAAAUAGGUCCCAGCUACUGCACAGCACAGAGGGAACCUGCACAGAGGAAGCCAUGGUGAUUCUUAGUUUAAAAUUAUCACUUUUGAUGUUGGUGAUGGCGUUUUGCAGAGCUGUACCCACUGAGUCGCCGCCAGAGGAGAAGAUUGCAAAAGCACAGGAAUACCUGUCCUCAUUCUACUCGGAUGUGGGGGUGAGGGCUCCAGGCAGCGUCAGCCGGAGCACUCUGGACUCUUUUGAGGAGAGUUUAAAGAAAAUGCAGGAAUUCUUUGGGAUAAAGGUCACAGGUCAGCUGGACUCCGCCACCCUGGAUAUAAUGUCCCAGCGCCGCUGUGGAGUCAGUGAUGUGGCCAGAUAUGGCUACUUCGAUGGUCAGCCCAAGUGGGACAAGAAGGACAUCACAUACAGGGUGACUGACUACACAGCGCACAUGACCCAGGAGGAGGUGGAUGGAGCUCUGGCCAAAGCUUUGAAGCUCUACAGUGAUGUGACUCCUCUUCAGUUCAGACAGAUCCGCUCAGGAACAGCAGACAUCAUGGUCCUGUUCCAGGCCAAAUCUCAUGGAGACUUCUUCCCCUUUGAUGGGCCCAAUGGGACACUGGCUCAUGCUUUCUCUCCGGGGGAAGCUCAUGGAGGAGACACUCAUUUUGAUGCAGAUGAAACCUGGACUUUGACCUCUGCAGGAGCCAACCUGUUUUUGGUGGCUGCUCAUGAGUUUGGCCAUGCUCUGGGUCUGGCUCACUCCCAGGAUCAGUCUGCCCUGAUGUUCCCCACGUAUCAGUACGUCAACACUGAGGGCUACACUCUACCAGAUGACGACAGGCAGGGCAUACAGCUGCUAUAUGGUAUCAAAGGCACCUCCCCUGAACCACCAGUAAAUCCCAACCCAAACCCCGAGCCUUCUCCCAGCCCCACACCAGAGGCUGCUCCAGACAGGUGCAGUCCGGACCUGGUUUUGGACGCUGCCACAACCAUCCACAACACUCUGUACUUCUUUAAAGACAACUAUUACUGGAGAAGAAGGUCAUUCUGGGAUGGUAUCAGGAUGAGGAAAAUCCAAACUCUCUGGCCGGGAAUUAACAAGAUUGACGCUGUCUACGAGCAUGGCAAUGGUAGACAAAGCACCAUAAUUGUCUUUGAAGGCAAGAUGUACUGGAAAAUUAGAAGACACACUGUCCAGCCUGGAUACCCUAAACCUCUGAGAAACCUUGGUCUGCCUUCAUCCAUCGGGAAAGUGGACGCUGCUGUACAUUUGAGCUUCUCCAGCAAGACUCUCUUUUUUGUAAACGAUAGGUACUGGAGCUAUAAUGAGCGCAGGAACAGAAUGGAUCGAGGCUACCCAAAAUACAUUUACAGAGAGUAUGGUGUGUCCAAGGUUGAUGCGGCUUUUGAAUACAGAGGACACCUGUAUCUAUCAUCUGGAUCCACACAGACAGAGUUUGACUACAAAAGAGGAAGACUAAUUCGCUCUUUUUUCAACCACCAAUGGAUGAACUGCAGUUAAAAGACAAAUCCAAUCACGGCAUUCUCAACACAUCAACCUUUUUCUGUACUGUUACUAAAGCUUUGGGUCUGACCUGUGGAGUUUUGUUUAUAUUGCCAGUAAGGUACAACAAAGAAUAGAACUUUGACUUAGGACUUUACUUUGACUUGGGACUUGACUUUGAUUUGAGACUCACUAGGGAAAAACAUGAAAUGAGCCAUUUCAGAGGCAAAUGGCAAGACUUUAGACUACACUUAUCUCUGGAUACAUUCAAGCAUUUUGUAGAAAAAUCUGAAAUUAAAAAAUAAAUAUUUUUAUGUCCUCAGUGAGCUCAGGAAUCUAAAGACAGGGGUGCCCAGAAAACACGCCGUAGUUCACAAUGGGCAAAGAUCCUUUAUAUGUAAAUAUUGUGUUAAAGGUUUUAUACUCGUCUUUGUGUCCUCAACUGACACAUAUAUACCCAAAAUCAUACAAAUAUGAUGUGAUGAGGCUUUUUCAUACAAAGAAAGACUCAAAAUGCCACCACCAGAUUAUUCAAUCCAAAAGUGCAUAAUCCACAUUGUUGACACUUGAAUAUGUUUGUCCAGUGUGAACAACUGAAUGUAUUUGGAUACAGCAUUGUGGGAGUUUGGAACAAAUGCUGUUUUUUAUGUAAGAGACUACAGACGGUGUAUCCUCAAAUAAACUAUCUGGUCUAAUAAAUGACACUGGAUUCAUGUUCACCCUGCUCUCCUGUCAUUUAUUUGUCAGUUCUCACCAGAUGACAUACAGAAACUAAUUCAAG